AUGUCAAGCAACAAGCACUUUGCGUUCGCCCGCAAGCGCAACAGCACCCACACCAAGAAGCGCAAGCUCGACGCAGUGGUAGCCACCCAUACCGAUCAAGCCCCCACCGCAGCCAAGCCGAAGCCCGUGGCGAUGUCGACGAAACGAACCGAACGAGCUGCGAACCUCGCGUGGAAGUCGAUCGCGCUUCCUUCCGAGUUUGGCUUCGAUGAGGACGGCGGCCUGUUGGAGAUCGAUGAGGUCGAAGGGGUCGAGGUCGUUUAUGGUGCAGCGGGCGUUCAGUUUCAGGUAUGCUCUUGUCUUGGGGAUCGCUGGUUGCCAAGCUGGGCUCGGGCCGGAGCUGACUCGCUUUCAUCGUGUUCGCCGCAUCGCCCGCAUCGCCCGCAUCGCAGGUCAAAGAUGCACCAACAGUCCCAGAACGCAAGACUAAAAAGACCAAGAACGAUCAUGUCGCACCCAUUGCAGAGGAACCUCUCUAUGAAUCGCCAUUCCCGGAUGAGCCACUCGAGCAACUCCCCACUCCGGACCGAGCAGUCGAACCUACUCCAGGCGCUCCCAAUGACAACAAGGGCAAACGAAAGGCCACGAAUGGCACACAAAAAGUUGAACUGCAAGAAGAACAACCAGAGGCCGAUCGUGAGUCCCGAGCUGUCUCGUCGAUUGAACCCCUAUCCUCGGUCAUCCGGACCAAUCGUUGAUUCUCUCUCUGCCUUUGACUGCGCCCCGCCAGCCCACGACAUCCUCCCCGCAUGGGCCCAUCUUCCCCUCGCCCCUCCCCUCUAUCGAGCCCUGGCUGAACUCAAAUUCGAAGAGCCGACCGCGAUUCAGGAGCGGGCCCUCAGCGUAGAGAUUGGCGCGAUGCCUUACGUUGAACCCCAAGACGAGCAGGAAGGCGACAACGACGCAUCAGAAGAGGAGAACGAGGGGGAAGGGAUCGAGGGGGAAGAAGAGACGACCACUUCAACGCCCUACAUCUCCCCCUUUGCCGAUGAGCCGCUCGACCCAUCCGCCUCUUCCCCCAACACGACCGACCGCGACAUCGUUGGUGUCGCCCAAACAGGAUCCGGUAAAACCCUCGCCUACGGCCUCCCCAUACUAUCCCACAUACUGCGAAACCCACCCUCGACCUCGAACUCGACAGAAGAGAAUCCGACCCGAUUAGCGGCCUUGAUCCUCACUCCUACGCGAGAAUUGGCCCUCCAAGUUCGAGCGGCGAUUAAUGAAGUUGCCAUAAGGACCAAUCGACUUUUACCGGACGACUUGCAGGACCCGAAUUUGAAUGCACCGAGGAAAAGGGAGAGGAGGCAUCAUAUCAGUGUGGUCGCGUUGACGGGUGGGAUGAGCGUCGAGAAACAAAAGAGGCAGCUGGCCAGGGGCGCGGACGUGCUGGUGGCUACGCCGGGUCGGUUGUGGGAUAUGAUUGGAGAGGUGAGUCGAUCAAGGCGUUCGAGGCUCCAUCUAUGACCACGUAUGAGAUGCUCACACCGACUUCACGUAUCUUGACACAGAACGACAACUUGGCUCGAGCGAUCAAGGGUAUCAAGUUCCUCGUCAUCGACGAAGCUGACCGCAUGGUCGAGAAUGGCCACUUUGCCGAACUCGAAAACAUUGUUCGUCUGACCCGACGCAAGCGACAAAGUCCCGAAGACGACCCCGAAGCAGACGAAGCUGAAUUCAUCGACGACUUUGCGAUCUCGACGACCCAUUCGCGCGUCGACUUGAUCACCGCUCGAGAGGACAUCCGCACGUUCGUCUUCUCCGCGACCAUGUCCAAGGACUUGCAACAGAACCUCAAGAAACGACAUCGCAAGUUCCGUCCCGGGCGACCCGAGGAUGGCAUGUCCAGUCUGGACGACUUGUUGCUCAAACUCGAUUUCCGUGAUCCCGACCCAAAAGUCAUUGACCUGACGCCUGAACAUGGUCUCGUCGAGACGCUCAAGGAAUGUAAAGUCGAGUGUCUUUUACCGGAGAAGGAUGUGCACCUCUAUCACUUCCUCUUGCGGUACCCUGGUCGAACGAUCGUCUUCCUUGCUUCGAUCGAUGGAAUCCGUCGACUUCACCCUUUGCUCGUUCUUCUGGGGUUGAACGUCGUUCAACUUCAUUCGGGAAUGCAACAACGUGCUCGACUAAAGGCCUUGGACCGCUUCAAGUCCGCGAAGAACGCCGUUCUCCUCGCGACCGACGUCGCGGCCCGUGGAUUGGACAUCCCCGCCGUCGCGCACGUCGUGCACUUCCAACUCCCUCGAACGGCCGACGUGUACGUUCAUCGCUCCGGUCGGACCGCACGAGCGGGACAACAAGGUUUGGCGUUACAACUCGUCGCACCGGAUGAGAAACAGGUGCAGAAAUUGUUGAUGGCUUCGUUGGGUAAGGGGACAGAUUUACCCGGGUUGCCGAUCGAUUAUUCGAUUUACGAUCAGUUGAAGAAGAGGAUCGAAUUGGCCAAGAAGAUCGAGAACGCUCAGCAUAAGGCAACGAAGAGUGCGCAUGAGGAUAAUUGGUUGAAACAGGCGGCGGAGGCGAUGGAAUUGGACAUCCCGUCCGAUUUCGAUUUUUCGGACGAGGAGGGGGAUCCCGCGAAGUCUAGGAAGAAGCAGGAGAGGAAUCGAGGGGGGAGGAAGGGAAAGGGGCAACAAUACGAACUCAAGAUGUUGAAGGGGGAGUUACAGAAGAUGUUGGAGAAGCCGUUGAUGAUGAGAGGGGUCUCGGCCAAGUAUUUGACGACGAGGGCCACGGUAGGCUUGGUUGAUCAACUCGUCGAUGGGACCGGUCACGACAAAAUCCUUGGGUUCGAUACCUCCACCGCUCUAGAGGACUUGAAGAGCAAAAAGACGAUCAAGAAGAAGAGCAAUAAGGCUGCCGAAGAGUAG